UCGCCCCCGGCUGCGUCGUCACCAACACCGACCACGCCGACGCGCUCGCCGACUGCCGUCGCUUCGAGGACGCGCAGAAGGAGUUUCUCCGCAUGCUCGACACGGUCGCGAACAACGACCAAGCCGACCCGGCGCUGUACAACGUGGUGUACGACAUGAGCGGGGAGCCGGGGACUCGAGCAGCAAGGAGAGAAGGCGCGAUGCCGUGAAGAGCGCCAGCAUCUCGAUGGAGCGCUUCGCGGAAAGAAUCAACCACAGGAUUCUGCCAUUGGAGGCCGCCAAGUUGCUGGACGCCAGCAAUCUCGGCGGGCCUGCCGCCGAUGAAGCGCGGGACCGUGCAAAGCUUCUCGCCGAGACCUACCCCUACUCGCCGCGCGCCCAGCUACUCCGCGCGUACAUCGACUUGGCACCAGUCCGUGCCCUCGAUCCGGCAAUGGACAAGAAGCAGCUUCUGCGCCGCGCGCUCACCACCGUGUCUCAAGCGGCAGAAAACUUCGACCACUCGCUCAUGGUUGCCUUGUUCCACGCCAAGCUCUUAUUCGUCCUGGAUAACUUUGAUGCUGCGGAGAGAGAGUGCCGCCGGGCAGUUCGCAUCGAGACGCCGAAUGACCCCAAGUGGGAUGACAUACCUCCCAUGGCUGCUCUUGGGGCAGAUUCUGAUGCCAGAGUAUCUUAUGUCAAGAAGCAGCUCCGUGUCUUGCUCAAGCAGAUCAUAGUUGUGGCUGCAUUAUACUGGUCCUCUAUGAAGAACGCACUGCAGGGCCAACGCGUCGUAUCAGUGACGGUUGACACGCUGCAGGCGCACUAUGAUGGAAUCGACAAGUCGGCAGCAAAGACCAUAUCUGAUGCAACGCGCUUUCUCAAGAAUCAGGAGUCAUGGAGUUUCUGGAUUUGCCUCAAUUCCCGUUGUGAUGGCAAGAAGUUCUCGGACACUAGUUCGCUCUGGCAACACACGUGCAGCAAGCACCGAGAUGAGCUCUGGGGGAAGCUGCAGUCACUUAUAGAUCCAGAAUAUUAUGAGAAUUCAUCACAGGAUGAUCACUCGUUGGUUGGGAUAACUCUCAGCCGCCAGUCUGACACCUUCCUUUUACCAAGGGUGCAGGAUAUGUUUGAAUCCUUGCUGCUUUCACCAUCUGUUGGAAUACAGGCAGAGCCCUUCGCUGAAAUGCGACAAAGGAAAUGCAGAGAAGGAUCUGAGAUCCUUGGGAGCAUCAGGGAGAAGCUGAGGAUGUUGCCUAAAGAUACACUUAGCACUGAGUUUCAGGAGUGCUGUUCUGGAAUAGACAAAUUGUGGCUAAAGUUUCUUCAAGUUACUGUUGUGGAUUAUCGUGAAAUCAUUCUUCCCCUUGCGAGAUCAUACCAAUGGAUAGAAUUGAAGAAACGGAUUCCUUUUUAUCUAAAUCAUCCUGGUACUAGGCGUAUUGGAUUUGCUGAUGCCAAUAUUGAUAUUAUAUGCGGAACUUCUGGCCAAUCUGUCAAGGAAAUGGCAAGCACCUCCAGUUCUCAACAAAGCCUUACUGUUUCCAACAAGAACAAUGCUGAUAAAGAAUUGUCUAUCUUGAGUGUAAUCAUACAGUCAUUGUGCAAUCUGAGGCAUUUCAGAGAUAAACUUCUGAUGGGGCCACUUGUAUGGAUCCCGUCAGCUGAUAAUCCCUGCAUUGCACAGCAACUUUAUGAAAUCUUCUCUUCUUGGGAGAAAAAUGACCACCACUUAACCGAUGUUGUACUGACUUACAUGAAGACUCUUCUCUGCAGAGUUGUAGAUUGCAGCACUUUUUAUGAAAAGGUUGGGAAAACUUUUGCUUCUGAGAUUGUGGCCACAAUUCUCAUUGAAUUGCAUAUGUCAGAAACUUGUUCGCGUUUUAGAGAAAACAAGGAGACCGAGAGACAUGUAGUGAACCGAAUCACAUGCGGAGAUUGCAUAUGCCCAACACAUUAUCUUUUUGGGAUCAAAUUUGAUGCCCAAAUCAGCUGUAGCUGUGCGAAGUCUUCCGGUGAAUACCUGUAUACCACACUUUUCCAUAAACUUGAUGCCGGUUCACCUCAAACAGCAAAGAUCAAGUCCUUUGCAGAGCUUCCGGUCCUAUUGGAUGAACAGUUUCGCGAGGACAACAAAUGCGACCAUUGUGGAAGUCUGCAGAAUAUUGAUCUCUUUCUUUCAAACACACCACACUUCUUUACAAUAGUUUUGAACUGGCUGGGUGGCAGUGAAAGCCAGGACGCACUAUCUGAAGUUCUGGCUGGCAUCACGUCUCCCCUUGACAUUGAGUUCUUUUGCAGAAUUGCUCAUCCUGCAGCUAUGUAUGCUGUCACCUCCAUGGUACGUGCACAGCAAACUAUUCUAUUUUCCUAAAUUGAAUUGUCAAUGGAGCUGAACAAAUACUUUUAUCAUUUGAUUCUCAUGUUAAGGUAAUCCUGAAAUGAGAAAAAGCAAUGAGCUAUUUGUAUUGGUUGACAUUCAUGACCUUUUAUAAGUUGUGUUGCUAAUUAUUUACUGUUCCUUGACUGCUACCGGAGGCCAAGUUGGUAUUGUUCUAAGACUGAAGCAAGGUUCUUAUUUUGUGGAACUAAACGGAUCAUGGUUAAAUGGCGUUGUCACCUGGUUCAAAUUGCCUAGGUUACAUUGACAAGGCAUUUUGCUGCUGUUUCUAAAGAAGUGGAUAGAAGGUUUAAACUAUGAUACAUCAUAUCUGAGUUGGUUCGUACUUGGAGUUGGAGAGAUAUUUGCAAGUUUUUGAAUGGUCCUAUCUGUGGCAUAUUUUUUCCUGCCUACUUCACUUAUAUCAAGAUAUUUAGAAGACUCGACAGAAGAAUUUCAGCAGGAAUCAAUAGCUUGUGUGAUCCUUAUGUCGCUGAGUUCUUUUUAUAAACGUUCCAUUGAUUGAACGGUUGAAGAAGUAUCAUAUGUAGAUCUGCUAUGCUGAUGACCGCUACGUCUGCUUUGCUCGCGACGGGGACAAGUGGGUCAUAUAUGGCUUCGAGACUGUCGAGAGAGAAGAUAGUUGGGAGCAUUUGCUAGAACGUUUCAAGGACUGCAAGCUCCAGCCUGAAGUUCUAUUUUUCGAGGUCAUCAAGUAGACUGUUGUUUAGCUCCUUUGCAGAAUGCAAACCUCUGUCUGACGAUUAGAACCCAACUCUGGACCCAGUUUAUUUUUGGUUUCAUUGCCACCAUUUUGAUGCUGUUUGGCUUGGUCACUCUGGCAUCGAAUACAGAUAAAUUCUUCAGGGAUGGUAUAAAUU